UAAGUAGACCGGAUACCGUGACGGAGUACGUUCUUCGGAUCCUCAUGGACAAUAAAGAUGCGGAGAAGUUGUUUUUUAUACCGUUUAAUACCGGUGGACAUUGGUUGUUGCUCGCAAUCAAUCCUAUCCGAGAAAUUGUGUAUUAUCUUGACUCGUUAGGAAAUGAUUGGACAACAUACCCGGAUAUGAAGGUCCUAAUUGACACCGUCCUACAAGCUUUUCGGGCCCAACGAGAUAUCCAAACCUCAAGGAGGGGCGCCAACUCCAUUACAUGGAUUAAAGUGGCGUGUCCUCAACAACGUAAUCAAAUAGAUUGCGGGUAUUUCAUGUUGAGGUUUAUGCGAGAUACUCUUGCUUUGGGCCGAUUAAAGAUUCCCACCGAUUACUUUGAUGAAUUCAAGUGUGCAUUUUAUACAAAGGAUCAAGUGGACGAAAUCAAAGAGGAGUGGUGUCAAUUCAUGAUAAAGCUCAAUGUUUGUUCAUAAAUUUGUGUAAUUAAUGUGUACAUUUGUAGUAUAUGUUAUGACUUGUAAAUGUGUACAUAAAUUUGUAUAUAUUUUGAUACAUUUAAGGCAAAAUUGGUUUGAA